GGUCCCGACCCCCAGGUUGAGAAACACUGCUCCAGAAGCUUCAGAAGACAUUGCAAUAGGUAACCCUUGUUGUCAUUGCAGAUCAUUUCACUUGCUAUCCAUUUGGAUGGUUCGUAAUGGCAGCCAAAAGCAAGAAAGUCAUGCAGAAUGGAAACCCCAAGGAAAAUAAUGCAUUUCAAAGGAUCUUGCAUCUCCCAGUGGUGAAUUCUGCUUGCAACAGCCUUCAGAAGACAUAUGCCACUACCAAAGAAGCUCACCCACUGGUGGGAUCACUAUGCACGGCCUAUGAACGGAGUCUCCAGAGUGCCAGCUCUCUGGCUGCAUGGAGUGUGAGGCCCGUGGUACGGAAGCUGGAACCCCACUUUGCAACAGCAAAUACUUUGGCUUGUCAAGGUCUGGAUCAUUUGGAGCAGACGAUACCUGCCCUUCAUAAGCCUGUGGAGGAAGUCACUUCUACACUAAAGGAAUCCAUCUUAAUUCAGAUUCAAAAGUCUGUGCACACUGUUGUUGACAUCUUGAAGAAAGCCAUGGGGCAGGCCACUGAAAGCUAUGAGUGGCCAAAGAACAGCGUGAAGGCCUCAAUGGCAUGUACCAGGAGCAGCCGCGUGAGUCACAUGGUGGACGCUGGAGGAGAAGGAAUAACUGGGAGACGGGAGAAGCUGGUGGACGUCUUUCCAAAAAAAGAAAACCCAUCAGGUUAA